AUGUCUACUUCAUUACCAAUCUAUUGUCAACAAUGUCAAACAACAGUAUUAUCAAAUAAUUCUCAAUUAUUAACUCAACAUGAUAAUGUUUUACCACAUAAUUAUUGUUGUCGAUGUCAUAAAAAUUAUGAAAAAUUAUCGAUUAGUCAACAAGAUAAAAUUAACUAUAAAAAAGAGCCAACAUCUAUUUUAUUUCAAACAAUCAAUGAAUCUCAAACUAUUAGAAAAGAAAUUAACAAUAAUGAUCAAUCGUUAUUAUCAAAGAAUAAUAAUUUUUCAAUGACAAAUGAUAAUUGGCCUGGUGAUCGUAUUUUUGAUAAACAAUGUUCAUCAGAUUAUUGUAUAAAACGUUAUGAUGAUUAUCUUGCUGAUCUAAUGUCUAAAAGUAGUGGUUUACCUAUAACUUCAAAUGAAUUGCCUAAUAUUGCUCCAUGUAAUGAUAUUGUUAUUGAUCAUAUGCAUACUUAUGAACGAUGUUCAGUCCAAUGUAUUGCUAAUGAACAUGUUUUAUCAUGCUUUCAUUCUAGUAGAUUUUUUGGGUCUAAAAUGUCAAGAUCAUUGUCGUCAAUAAUGAAACCUAGAUGUCCAGAAGGAAAACGAUUUCUAAUUAUUGGUGGAGGUCCAGCUGGUUUAUUUAUGGCUAUUCAAUGUUUAUUACGAGGACAUGCCGUUCGAUUAAUUGAACAAAGAACAGUAUAUAAUCGUGCUGUUGCAUGUGGUUUACUUGAAACAGAAAAGAAGUUUUUUCAAUUCAUAGGUUUACCAUCAUGUUUUUUUCUUCGUGCUACAAAUGAUGCGAAAAAUUUAGGUGUUUACGUUGCAGAUAUUGAAGAACUUAUGAUGAAGAUACUUAUGAAGAUGGGAGGAUUAAUCUAUUUAGGAUGUCAAUUCGAACCUAAUCGUCAAAUAAUUUCAAGUUAUUCGCAAUCUAAACCUGGUAUUCGUUGUUGGGAUGGUUUAUCUGUUGAUCAAGAAAUCUAUACUGAUUAUGAUGUUUUGGUAUAUGCUACAGGAAAUACAAAAUCAAUUCCAUUAGAUUUAUUUAAAAUGAAACCAUCUCGACUUUCUUCUCAAAUAUUUCAAGAAUUUGAUUAUUUAUGGUCAUCGAAUUUUAAACCAUCGUUCUGGAAUAAUUUAAGUGCUGUUUUCCGUCGUAUAUUUUGUCAAAAACAUUUGUGUCUUCGAACAUCACGCAGGAUAAGUCCAUCAUGUUGUUCGAGUCAUGAUCGUUAUCGUUGUUUCAGUUCGAUUAAAGAAUUUCUUCUCGAUACAUCAUAUGAUGGUGGUGCAAUGAUAGUCCAACGACUUAAAGAUAAAACAAUAUAUUUAGAUGAUUGGUUACAAAAUGUCAAACAAGAACAUAUAUUAUCUUUAAGUGAACAUCCAUUACUUGCAAUGGUUGCUCAUAUUCCAGCAUCUGUAUUUGUUUCAAAACAACCACAAAAACAAGUAAACAAUAUACCGGUUGAUUGGAUAUUUAUUCCAUGUUUUGUAUCAUCUGAAAGUAUUAAUAAUAAUGAAAUACAUACUAUUCAAUUCGAAGGACCAUUACCAAUUCAUUAUCAUCGAAAUGCAAAACAAUUUCCUGUUUAUCGAUUUUUUACUUCUCUUUUACAAAAUUAUCUUAAUGUAUCUCUUAAUGAAAAUCAAUGGCAUGAUUGGUGUCAACAAGAUGUAAAAUUCAAAAAUUAUUCUCAACGUUCUAUACGUGCUUUUCCACAACAAUUUGAAACAUUACUUCAAUAUAGAAGAUUAAAUAUUAAACGACAAGAAACAGGUGAAAUCAUAUUUGAUUAUGAACAAUCCAAAUGUAGUAUGUGGGGUUAUUUCAAAGAUCCUAUUAAUUCUACACAAAAGGAAUUUCUUAUCAUUGGUGAUAGUUUAUGUUCACCUUAUUAUCGUUUUGGUAUUGGUUUACAUAAUGCAACAAGAACAACACUCUCAUAUUUUCAUUCUGAUCCAAAUGAGAGAUUACGACAAAUGUUAGAUGUUGAAAUUUCAUUGGUUAAACAAAUAAUUCUUACAUUAUUUUCUCAAAGUUUUUCCUUAAAUAUUAAUCAAUCGGAUUCUGAUUUUAUACAUUUAAUUAAGAGUACAUUGCAGAAUCAGUUUGAAGACAACAUGUUAUUACAUGGCAAUUAUCUUCACAACUAA